AAAGAUUUAUCUGGGCCUCCCCGAUGGACGAAUCCUAACCACAGCUUGUGCUUCCUUCCAUACAUCCUAAUUGGAGCCUGAGAGCAUCUCUCGACAUUCUUUGCACCAUGUCUCUCUCCCUCCCCGCCGUCGUGCGGCAAUGCGCCCGCAGCCCUCUUCGCCGAAGGAUCAUCUCGACCUCCGUUCUUCGUCAACGAACGACACAGUCCGCGAGCUAUCUGCAGCGGAGACAGCAGUCGACCGAGGCGGCUGCUCCUUUGGACCCGAAGAUCGAAGCUAUAGUCGAGCAGAUUGGGAAAUUGACUCUCCUCGAGACAGCCGACCUCGUCUCUACGUUGAAGAGCCGGUUAAAUAUCCCAGAUGUACCGAUGGGCGGAUUCGCAGCCGCCGCCCCAGCGGCCGCCGCACCCGUCGAAGAGGAAGAAGCGGCCCCCCCGGCUCAAGAAAAGACGCUGUUCAACCUCAAACUCCAAUCGUUCGACGCCGGCUCCAAACCGAAGGUGAUCAAGGAGAUCAAGAGCCUGCUCGGCCUGAGUCUGGUGGACAGCAAGAAGUUCGUCGAGAGCGCGCCGAAAAUGAUGAAAGAGUCCGUGCCGAAGGAGGAGGGGGAGAAGAUCGUCGAGACGCUUAAGGCGAUCGGGGCGGUGGUGGUGAUGGAAUAGUGCAGCAAUGUAGGAUAGCAUACACUGUGGCGUUAGCAUCGAGCUGUACAUGUAUCAUACGCGUGGUCUCCGGAGGCGGGUGGUGGCUCUUGGACAUGGCUGUUUUCUUGGGUCUGUUUGCUUCUUGGAUAUCAAGGAUGCAGCAAGAUUCGCUAUGGAGGAAGUCUCCAUACGCUUGCUAAUGUAACAUAUCAUCAUAUUUUACUCUCCCAACCAGGAUCAUGCCAUUUCCGUUAGGUAAAGGUGUCGGAGUCCCCCUGCAGGAUCUUGUGCUCUUUCCCCUCAAUCAAAUCAUCCUCCUCGUGAUCCAAAUCCUCC